AUGUCUAAAAUGAAAAUGUUUACUUUCGAAAUGAAAAAGUUUGAAGGUUGGGAGACAGCCUUGGAUCCCGAUACUCUCUGUCUCCUUUCUAUUCUGAGUUUCCGUAAAACUAAAUCUGACUUCACUUACGAUAAGCAAAUUGAGCACCUGACGAUAUCUAAAUUUGUAUCAUGGAUUGCAGAAAGUACAACGUACGAAAAGUGGAAAAAGGCUACCUCCCUUCUCAAAAAUGGAUUACUAAAGGCGAGAUUCGGUGUAGCCCUUUUACUAAUCAUUCUCUUGCUACUUCUAAAGCAACAAGUACAAGGGGAUGAUGUAUGGAUGUUCUGGAAUAAUGUCAAAUUGGAAGUAGACACAAUGAAGUUGAAGCAAGCUGAGAAGAAUCAUUCUGGAAGCAUCCUUACUGAUGGUACAGUGCUACCAACUCCACCACAAUCAAAUCUCACUCCACCAAGUGGUAGUGAUGAAGUGAGCAUUAUUGGAAGUAUUCUUCCUGAUGGUAUAGCGCUACUAGCUCCACCACAAUCGAAUUUCACUCCACCAAGUGAUAGUAAUAAAGUGAGAGUUCCUUCACAAAUUGGAAGCAUCCUUCCUGAUGGUACAGUGCUACCAAAGCCACCAUCACAACCAAAUUUCAUUCUAGCAAGUGACAGUGAUGAAGUGAGCUUUUCUUCUUCACAAAUGACAUUUGAUGAUAAUGAAGUCUUAAAAAAAAAAGAAACACUAAGUUUAGUGGAAAGAGCCACCUUGAGAUAUGGUAUGUCAAAAGUUAUAGAUCUUUCAGCACAUAUGCAAGAUUGGUUUUCAGAAAUUGAUAUUCAGCACAUGGUGAAAGAUCAUGUAGCAGUCUUAACAGUUCCUGUGUUAGAUGAGGAGGUGAACACAUUCAUUGCGGAUGUAGAAAAGAAGGGAGGACCUAAUAAGGCAUACAAAUAUUGCCUCGAAAAACACACCAAUUCGCCAACCAACUCUUCUUGUUUUGAUUUGUCUCUUAUCUGCUUUUAUAGUCUUUUCGAAGUAAAAGAUGAUGAUGAUUUGUUAGUUUGUAGUGAGGGUUAUACAGAAAUAGAUAUUAUCAUAAAGACAUGCUCUUAUAUCAUGAAAGGAUUAAGGAAAGCCUCAGAAUAG